GCGCUGUCCCCGCACGGAGAGGGACGCGAGGCGGGCCGGGGCCGGGGCCGGUGCGGGGCCGGUCCCGCCAUGGAGGAGCCGGGCUGCGGGGCGCAGUUCCGCGCCGCCGUGCAGGUGAUCCAGGGGCUGCCGCGGAGCGGUGCGUACCGACCCUCCUACGAGGAGAUGCUGCGCUUCUACAGCUACUACAAGCAGGCGACGGCGGGGCGCUGCCAGGGCCCGCGGCCCGGCUUCUGGGACCCCAUCGGCCGCUACAAGUGGGACGCCUGGCACAGCCUGGGCGCGAUGUCCAAGGAGGAGGCGAUGGCCGCGUACGUGGCGGAGAUGAAGAAGGUGGCCCAGAAGGUCAUUGACACCGUGCCCAUGGACGAGAGCACGGAGGAGAUGUUCCGCUACUUCGAGCCGCUCUACGAGGUGAUCCACGACAUGCCCCGGCCCCCCGAGUCCUUCUUCAGGAGCCGAGGGGGUGAGUGCGGCCGCGGGGCCCGGCCGUGCCCUGCCCUCGGUACUGCCACCGGCACCGGGUCCCGUUGGUCCCCGAGGAGACACGGGGUGGGCACAGCACAUCCCAGAGACACUGCCGGGGCACUGCUGCUGCUGCCGAGGGGCUCUAAGGGCGCACCGGUGUCGCCUUGUGUGACACUGGUGUCCCUGUGUGUGACAGAGGUGUCCCUCUGUGCGACAGUCCUGUGCCUCUGUGUGACACUGGAGUCCCUGUGUGUGACACUGCUGUCCCUCUGUGUGACACAUCCUAGGCUUUCUCUCCACCCAGCUCUGAUAGAGGAUUUGGGCUCAGGUCCCCCCUGUCCCCCUGGCCGUGGGCAGGGAUCAGCUCUGGGGGAGGCUCUGCUGCCCCUUGGCUCCAGCCCAGCUGCUGGAAACAUCUGGACAGGCCGGGCAGCUCCUGCAUGGAGGGAAUGGAGAAGCAGGGCUGGAGCAAUGGGAUUGUUUGGAGGGGUUUGUGUGGGGGAGAGCCCUUCUGGCCCUUUCCAGGCCUCUGCUGCUGUCUGGGGCCAGGAGGGGCUGGGAGCUGUCCUGGCCUGGCUGGGUCUGGUGGGGAGGAGUGAGGGCUCAGGAAGGAUCAGCUCGGCAGCACAGGGGCUUCAGCAGUCCAGGUGUGUGACCUUUGUUUUGGGAGAGCCCUGGCAAACAGAUUCACUCCCAGGCAUCUGUCCUGUGCCUGUCACCCCCCGCUUCCAGCCAAAACCAAAUGGGAUUUUUGGAAUGCCAAAACCAGUUGUGUGUAAGGCUGCUCCUCCCCAUGGUACCCGGGCGAAUCCCUUUAAAAGGCAGACUUGGUUUCCCUCUGAAAUUUAAAAACUGUGUCUAAACUGGUCAUUAUCUGCUUGUGAGUGUCACUUACAGCUGACAUUGUCACCUAAAUCUAAACCUGAUGGAACAACGAGCCCGAGGUGGCUGGAACUGAGGUGCAAAGCAUUGAGCUCCUCAA